GCGCCGCGCGGUGACGUCUCUCAGAGGCGGGACUUCCGGCCUCGGUGAGUCUUCCCGGACCCUAGCAGAGAGCCUACCGCCUUGUAGGCGGACAGGCUGAGGAUGAAGGUGGAGUCAUCACCCUUGAAUGAUAUAUAAUCACAACGCAUUGUCCUUUGUUAAUUGGACACUGACUUAAAGCUGAAUUACCUUAGGUUCUUAGUUUGUCUAGCAAUCCUAUCAUCCAGAACAGCUGACUUGUCUGACAUCUCCGACGUCCUUGUAGCGCAUCCCUCUAGAAAUGGACUCAAAAGUCAAGGAAGAAAUCCCUGUACAUGAGGAAUUUAUUUUGUGUGGUGGAGUCGAGACCCAGGUUCUGAAAUGUGGGCCUUGGACUGACCUCAGGAGUGAUCAAGGUGUCAACAGGCCUAAGCUACUUAUUUUCAUUAUUCCUGGUAACCCAGGCUUUCCUACCUUUUAUGUGCCAUUUGCGAAGGCUUUGUACUCUUUGACAAACAGACGCUUUCCAGUGUGGGUUAUUAGUCAUGCUGGACACAUCUUAGCCCCCAAAGACAAGAAGAUUCUUACAUCAGAGGAUCCAAGUGCUCAAGAAAUUAAGGACGUCUAUGGACUACAUGGUCAAGUAGAACACAAACUAGCUUUCCUGAGAGCUCAUGUGCCAGAAGAAGUGAAGCUUGUGCUCAUUGGCCACUCAGUAGGGUGCUACUUUUCUCUUCAGAUUUUGAAGCAUGCCCCUGAGCUCCCAGUAAUUCGCUCGUUUCUGCUCUUUCCAACAAUUGAGCGAAUGUCUGAGUCACCCAAUGGCAGGAUCGCCACUCCGCUUUUGUGCUGGCUUCGCUAUGUCCUUUAUGUUGCCGGCUACUUACUUUUGAAGCCAUGUCCUGAGAAAGUCAAGUCCUGGGUACUUGGAGUUGCCAUGCAAGUAAUGAAAUGGAAGACUGAAUUUCUGUUGGCAAAUGUAUUAGAACCAUUCUGCCUUGCUAAUGCUGCUUACCUUGGGGGCCAAGAAAUGAUGAAGAUAGUGAAGAGAGACAAUGAAACCAUAAAGGAACAUUUGUCUAAGCUUACAUUUUACUAUGGUUCUGUGGAUCCUUGGUGUCCAAAAGAGUACUACGAAGACAUCAAGAAAGAUUUUCCAGAAGGAGAUAUUCGACUCUGUGAGAAGAAAUUACCUCAUGCUUUUGUCUUGUCUUGUAGCCAGGAAGUGGCUGAGAUGGUUGCUGACUGGCUCAAGGAAGACCUAUCCAAAAUAUAAGUACUAACAGGGAACAGGCAAGUCCAGCCACACACUGAGGCAGUAGGUGUUACACUUAGUAGGUAAAUGUUUAAUUUGGGUGCAAAAAAAAAAGAGAGAGAGAGAGAGAAGCUCUUACCUUAAAGACUACCAGUCCCCAGCUGCAGGGCUGUAGGCUGAAGUAAACACAGGUGGUCAAUUAUUCUAUAGGUUAAUAAGUCCUCAGGGAACACAGUGACCUAUGCAAGGUCUCUUGUUUGUAGAAGCUACCCAAAAGCACCAAAUGGUUUACUUUGGUAGACAGAAUCCUUGCAGACAAAAGCAAUAUAAACUUGAGUUACACUGAAGAAUAGGUUCUCCUGAAAGAAAUUAUGAAAUACCAACUAGAAACUGGAUGGAGGUCAGUGACGGUUAAGGGGCAUAGUUAAACAUACAAAACAUAUGAGAUCAUGACAAGGAUACACUCACAUUCCAGCAGCAGGAAGCAACGAGUGGGGCAUGGGAGCAUCAGCCUGGGCCUCCGCUAAUGACAGAGAUGAAGAUCAGCCCAGAUGGACCUUGCAUGGCUCUUGACUGAGGUCAUCCCUGUGGCUUCCUGACCUAAGUGCGUUAGACAAAGAACAAAUUCACCAGACAUCAUUGUGGCCAGAUGAAGAUCCCAAUGAUGCCUCCUGCCACAGGACAGCAGCAGGGUCCUCUUCUCCAGGGCCUGGAUGGGCAGGACUGGGCCGUCCAAAUCAUGCCCGGGUAGGCCUGUGUGCACUUGCUCCUUGUGUGAUUUACUGCGAUAAAAUGCUACAAAGACAAGCACUGUGCCAGCGAUUGAGGAUCGAAUCCUUUGCUACGUCAUGAUUCUUUUCUUCUGUAAAUUUUCUAAGUAGUAAUUUCUGAAAGCGUAUUUUAAAUUGGUUCCAUCAAUUAGCUCUCCAUUUCUGCAUUAACUUUGUUGGAAAUAAUUACAAAUGAAACAAAGCAAGCCAUUAAGUUAUAUGACUUCACCUUCACUGAGGUCUGGGAGAGAAGGAACUUGUUCUCUGGACUAGUGUGGGCUAACAGUCCUGCUGCUUUCCCUAAACUGACUAAUCCGGAGACCUCAGGAGCCAAUAAAUCCCAUUGAUUGUGGUGAUGGUUGAUGAUUGAUCAGAGACAUUCCGUUUUCUCCUAGAGGAAAUCCCUCAUGGCAUUAUCAUUCCUUCAAGACAAUGAGAUGUUGUCCUUCGUCUCAAAACCAAAAGCCCCUUGAUGAAAGGUUCAGCUCAGCUCUGCUCCCCACCCAGUGGUGAGGGUUUGGUGAGUUAUUGUCCUUUCGCAUGGCUUCCACAUCAGAGCCAUGACCUCUCAUAGGGGAACAGCCAAGCUCCAGACAAGGGCUGCUGUUAGCCCAAGGGGGAGAGCCGGGGACCCAGGGCUGCCCGCAAAGUCCUUAUGGGCACCUGCAUGGGGAAAUCUGCUAGAAAUCAUGGUUCAGAAUGCCUGGCAUACAGGCGCUAACUCAUAGCAGGUAACAAGUUCCAGAUAACUCGUACCUGCUGGGGGAGAGUAUCAUUCACGGUUUUUCCUUCAGCUGUUAUUUUACAUUACUUUGUAUUUCCAAAGUCUGCUUGCACAAAAUUGUGUCUAAUUUCAGGUUUUUAGAACUCAAAAGAGAUGCUGGCUCUUAAUUCCUGUUUAUUAUCUGAAUACCAAGCACAUUUUUGAAAUAAAUGUUUACCCACACUUA